UCUCUCUCUCUCUAUUACGCACACAAUAGUAAUUAAAGUGAAAAUGGUGAACCACAGACACAUUUUUCCUGCAUUUCUCUUCAUCUUCUUCAGUCCACCCUUGGCCAUUGCAGUUAGAUACAAUGUGUUAACGUUUGGAGCUAAACCGGACGGCGUAACCGACUCUACCAUUGCUUUCUUGAAAGCAUGGUAUGCCGCUUGUGAUUCCCAAAAUCCAGCCACAAUCUAUGUACCACCAGCAGGAACGUACUUGCUUAAGAGUGCACAGUUUAGAGGGCCAUGCAAGAACAAAGCCAUAACCAUUCAUAUUGAUAGCACCUUAGUGGCUCCUUUGGAUUACAAUGUGAUUGGAAAUAAUGGUAAUUACUGGCUUUUAUUUGAAAGAGUUGAUGGGAUUUCAAUUCGUGGUGGCACCCUUGAUGGCCAAGGAAAUGGCUUGUGGGCUUGCAAGAAAUCCGGCAAGAAUUGCCCGAGUGGUGCAACGACAUUGGGAAUUUCCAACUCGAAAAAUGUGGAAAUCACUGGAUUAACCUCUCUAAAUAGCAAAAUGUUCCACAUCGUAAUCAAUGGAUGCCAAGACGUGAAAGUACAAGGAGCGAAGAUUUUGGCCCCAAGAAACAGCCCAAACACCGACGGUAUUCACGUGCAAUUUUCAAUAGGUGUAAAAAUCUUCAACUCUAAAAUCGGCACUGGAGAUGAUUGUGUCUCAAUCGGGCCAGGCACCACUAAUUUGGUCAUCCACAAUGUCGUUUGUGGCCCUGGCCAUGGCAUCAGUAUCGGAAGCCUAGCCAAGGAUUAUCGAGAAGUCGGCGUACAAAAUGUGACUGUUAAGAAUGUUACAUUUAAGAAUACGCAAAAUGGUUUAAGGAUAAAGACAUGGGGAAGACCAAGCACUGGAUUUGUAAAGGGUGUUCUAUUUCAGCAUGCCAUCAUGGACAAUGUCCACAAUCCUAUACUAAUUGACCAAAAUUACUGCCCACAUAACAAAAACUGCCCUGGAAAGGUUUCAGGUGUAAAAAUUAGUGAAGUUACAUACAGAGACAUCCAAGGUACGUCAGCAACUCCAGUGGCAGUGAAGUUUGAUUGUAGUAAGACAACUCCAUGUCAAAGAAUAAAGUUGGAAAAUGUAAAACUUACUUACAAAAAUCAAAAAGCUCAAGCAUCGUGUGCUAAUGCUGCCGGAACAACUUCCGGUUCAAUCGAGCCCACCAGCUGUUUGUACUGAUUCAACAUUAUUGAAGAAGAAAAGAAAUUUAGA